AUGUGAUUGGCUGCCUGGUGACGUAAAAAGCCGGUGCCUGUUCUAAAGAGAAGUGACCUUCUUUGCGUCCGCUAGAAGGAAACCGUUCACCGGCUGAUCGGAGCUUCGGAGGGGUUUUAACGAAUCGUGUUUUAGUUAGAAGCUGAUUAUGGGAGACGCUGAGAAGGGAAAGAAGAUUUUCGUCCUGAAGUGUGCUCAGUGCCACACGGUGGAGCAAGGAGGCAAGCACAAAGUGGGUCCCAACCUCUGGGGCCUGUUUGGACGCAAGACCGGCCAGGCAGAGGGGUUCUCCUACACAGAAGCCAACAAGAGUAAAGGUAUCACUUGGUGUGAGGACACCUUAUUGGUGUACUUGGAGAAUCCUAAGAAGUACAUUCCUGGAACAAAAAUGGUCUUUGCUGGUAUCAAGAAGAAGGGCGAGCGCCAGGACCUCAUCGCGUACCUCAAAUCAGCCACAUCCUGAAGCAGACAGAGGGGGGAAAAAAAAACAUUUAAACCAUUUCAUCAUGUUUUUUUGUUUCCUGUUCACGCUUGCUCCAUGUACAGGUUUUGUUUAGUCAUUUGGAUAAUAAAUUGACUUGUUUAGGGUUAUAAAAGUCCAUUUCAGUCAGUGAGCGAGUAUUUCAACAAAUGGCCACACAUAAAACUGUAGUUUAGUGUUUUACCUGAGCUGUGACAGAGGGGGGAGGAAAUCUAUUAUUUAUUUAAAAAAGGCUUUAAACUGAAGUUAAAAAAAAAAAACUUGAGUACUAAUGUGGAUAUGUGGCGGUUUUAAAAUG